UGGAUUUACGACCAAGAUUUGGCCUUCACGUCAAGUGUAACGUACCGUCAUGGUAGAAUUGUCGUUCCCGUACCAGGUCUGUACUACGUGUACAGUCAAGUCUCCUUCCUCGAACGUUACGUUCAGUCCAGAGAUAGCGCCGCCAGCACCGAAUCACCCAGCUUGUCUCACUACAUUUACAGAUACAACAUCAUUUAUCCCAACGGUGGCGAAGAAAAAAUGAUCCAAAACUCUAUCACCAAGUGUUGGGGCACUAACAAGGGUUUUGGCGAAUACACCAGUUAUUUAGGUGCCGUCUUCGAUCUCAGACAAGGAGAUGAAAUUUUUGUCAAAGUGUCCAAUCUCACCAUGGUUGCCCGUGAUCCUAAAUCCAACUAUUUCGGUUUGUUCAAGAUUUGA